AUGCUGGCAGAAGGUUUCCCCCACCGGCAGCUUCCAGGGCAGCGUCCUGUCCUGCAACUUCUCUCUGAUGGCAAGGAUGGCUGCGGCUCAGCCGGCGAGGGAAGGCCACUUUCUCGACGUCACCGGGGAGAGCAACAAGGGCUCUCUUUGGGGAGUCGAGAUGAAGCAGAACAACACUAUACAAAACGUGGAGCGGAGGGGUCUUCGGGCGAAGCUUCUCAAAUUCCUUCGUCGGUGGUUGCUGGUUCCGACGGCUUCGACGACCGUACCAGCAGUGCGCAUCCAACAGGUCCUCGGGUCAAGCACGACCCUAGUGUGGCACUGCGAUUCCCAGGUUCUCCGCACUACAAAAAUUUAAAGAAGCCUUAUAACUUCCCAUUAAUUGGACGAGAAACAAGGUAUGAGCGGUUGCACGCAGGGUUGAAGAAACUGGAGGAGGUUAUGGAUGGCCUUUGCUUCCCUCACGACGGCCCCUACCAAAGUGAGGCUACCUUCUCAACGAUACAUCAAUGA